AUGAGAAGAAGUAAAGGAGAUUUAUAUCAAAGUUAUAAUUCAAAUCCCUAUCAACAACCAACUUCACAUUCAAAUUCAAAUUCUCAAUUUUACAAUGAUAAUGGUAAUCAUGAUCAAAGUAACUCACAAUUGAACUCAAGAAUAGAUGAAGAAUUAAAUCAAUCACAACCUUAUGCAUCUUAUCAAACUAAUCAAACACAAUCUUAUUCAAAUCAACAACAACCACAACAACAAACUUCUAAACCAAAUAAUUCUAAUAGAAAGUCAUCAGGAUCAGUAUUUAGUUUUAGACGACAUAAAGAUAAAGAUAAAGAAAAAGAAAGAAAUCCUUCCAUUUCUUCAAAUUUGCAUCAAACCAAUGAAAGUAUAUCUGAUUUAUCAUCAAAUGAUUCUGCAAGUAUACUAUCAUCAGGUACUCAAAAAUCUCAACAUAGUAAACGACUGAAUCAUCAACCACAAACUUCACAAUCUUCAAAUCAAUAUCAACAUCAACAUCAUUAUCAACAUUAUCCUACAAAUACUUCACAACCAUCAGUAUUAUUACUGCAACAAAGUCUACCUCAACAACAACCACCACAAUUUCCACCUCCAAGAUCAUCUUCAAUACCUACUCAAGUAAUACCUUCUCCUAAUAAUAGAAAAUCAUCCACUUAUAGCAUGGCAACAAUUGGACAAGAUAAUAAAACUCCAUAUAAUCCUUAUGAUACCCCUACUCAAUUAUCAAGACAACAAUCUAAUUAUAAUACUCCUUCAAAUAGUUUAAGUCGAAAAUCUACUAAUUUAUCAAUUAAUUCAUUAACAAAAUCAAAUAAUAGAUCAUCUUCAGAUAACAACAGUAACAAUAAUAAUCAACAAUCUCAACCACCAGGAAUAUUCAAAUUAGAACGUCCAUCAUCAGCUUUUGAAAUUGAUAGAAUGUUUAAAGAAUUUUUAGAUAAAAUAAAUUCAAAAUCUUUACCACCAAAAGCUUUAAGAGAAAUGUUAAAUUAUGAUACUGAUAGAAAAUGGAUGAUGAUUGAACAAGAUCAAAGAGCUGAUUAUGAAAGACUGAUUAGAUCUGUAAAAAACAAUAAUUCUGAUUUACCUGAAACUUAUGCAAGAUUAUUAAUGUCAAAAACUAUUACAACAUCUCAAUUAAAUAAUUUAUGGAUACAAUUAAGAAGUGAACCUAUUGAUUGGGUAAGAACAUUUGUUUAUGAUUGUCAAGGUGAUGCUUUAUUAUCAUCUUAUUUACAAAAAUUACAUGAUGAAAUGAGAGAACAUAAUAUAAAUUCAAUUGAAGAUGAAAUGUUUGAUAAAGAACAUUAUAUAAUGAGAAGUAUGAAAUGUGUAAUGAAUCAAAAAUUAGGUGCAGAAAGAGUAAGAACUGAUGUUGAUUUAUUUGUAAAUGCAGUAAGUGGAUGUUUAUUAUCACCAAGAUUAAUUACAAGGAAAUUAGCAACUGAUGCAUUAACAUUUAUUGUAUCAUAUAAUACUGAUGAUAUUGGAAGAUAUCAUAAAGUUUUAAAAGCAUUAGAUUCAUUAAAUGAUAGAGUAAGGUAUGAUUUUGAAGAUUAUGAUGAAAAUAAUAGUCAUAAAAAAAGAAAUUUAAUAAGAAAACCUCCUCCACCAACUGGUCAUAAAAGAUUUGAAGUUUGGUUAAAUUUAGUUGAAAGAACUGUUGAUGGUAUUGGAAAAUUUAAUUCAAAUGUUGGAGAAAGAGAAGAAAUAAAAUCUCAAUAUAUUGGAACUAAUUCAAAAGAAAAUUAUUUUCCUGAUUAUUGUGGUGCAACUUUAUUAUUAGUAAAUGUUAUAGUUGAAAAUGCAGUUGAUUUUAGAGCUAAAAUGAAUUUAAGAGCUCAAUUACAAGCUGCAGGUUUAAAUAGAUUAUUUGAAAAAUUUCAAAAUUUACAACAACAAGAAUUAAAUAUUUUAAUGCAGAGAUAUAGAGCUUUAGCAAGAGAUGAUGAAGAAGAAAUGAAAUAUGUUUCAGAUUUUGAUGGUAAUAUGAAUUUUAAUGAUCCAGUUGAUUUAAUCAGGUCGUUAUGGAAUAAUUUUAAAAAUUCAGAUAAUCAAGAUCAUUUUUUAAGUACAAUGCAACAUUUAUAUUUAAUUCAAACUGAAAAGAAGAAUAAUCAAAAUGAAUUAGGUCAAUCGUUAAGAAUAUUGGAUAAUAUUAUUCAAAAUUUAUCAACUUCACAAACAAGUGAUGAAAACACUGCAAUAAAUAUUGCUAUAAAUAAAUUAUAUUCAAGUAUGAGUACAGAUGAUCAAUAUAGAAGAGCAUUAGAAGAAGUGAAAUAUUAUAGAAAAGUAGCUGAAGAAGCAACUGCAGAACGUGAUGAAGUAUCUAAACAAAUGUCAAUGGGUGCUGAAGGACUUAUAUCUAGUUUAACUAAUGAUGUUAAAGAACGUGAUAUUGUAAUUUCAAGGUUUAGACGUACAAAUGAAGAUAUGAAACAAGAAAUGGAAGAAUUAAAGACUAAAUAUAUGAAAGAAAAACAAGAACUGGAAUUAGAAAUGAGAGAAUUAUUAAUUUUGCUUGAUAGUAAUGAUAUUUCAACAAAUAAAACUAAAAAAGGUUCAAAAACAACUGUUUCAUUAUCAACAUCAAAUAUUGAAUUAGCUCAAAGAUUGAAAAAACAAAUUCAUAGAAGAAGAGCAGAAGCAAGAUUAGAUAAUAAAAAAUUAGGUACUCAACAUGAACCAUCAAAAAGAUUAAGAGCAUUAAGAGAUCAAAUGGGUGAUAUUGAAAAUAUGGCAAGAGAAUUAGAAAUGACAGAAUUUGAAAAUUAUACAGAAGAUGUUGAAGUAGAAGAAUUACCAUCUGAACCAGAAAUUAUAGAAACUGAAACUGAAUCAGAAGAAAUUGAAGAAGAAGAAGAAGAAUCUGAAUUAUCUGAUGAUCAAGAAAUUGAAUUACCACCAACACCAAUUCCAUCAAUUAAAAGAGGUAUUCGAAAUGAUGAUUUAUCCAAACUUGAUAAUUUACGUAAAAAAUUAUCAAAUUUACAAAAUGAUUCAAAUGAAAUAAUGAAAUUUAAUAGUAGUUCAAUGUUUAAUAAACAAAAAUAUAUGGCAAUUGAAAGAUUACAUGAAUUAGAAAAUAAAUUUAAAGAUUUUAAUAUUGAUUUUUCAAUAGAAGAUGAAAAUGAUUAUAAUAUUUCAACAAUGGGAGGAAUUGAUGAACAUAUAAAAGACAAAACAAAAGAAGUAUUAAAUGAAGUAGAAAAAUUAAGAAAUGAAUUAAGAAAACAAUUAGCUGCAAAAAAUAAAAAUAAAAAUAAGUCACCUACUAAAUCUCCUUCAAAAAGGCAAUCAGUUAUGGAAAGAAUUGAAAAUAAAUAUACAAAAGGUCAAGUACAACAAAAUGAAAAUUUUGAUCAAACUUCAAGAGAAACUAAAAGAAUUAAUAGAAGAACUAAUCUUAAUUCAAUGGAUCCAAAAUUUUUACAAGAACUUAGUAAUAAAGUUGGUAGAGCCGAACCUAUUGCUGCACCAAAGUUGGAAUCUCUUGAUGAUUCGGAAUUGAAUUCAAAUGGUACUAAAAGUGAGAAAGAACUUGAUAGAAAAGAAGAAGAGAAAGAGAAACCUGCAGGUUCUGUUGCACCUCCUCCUCCUCCACCUCCUCCUCCACUUCCACCAUCUUUCACAGGUUCAUCAACUGCUGCUCCACCCCCACCACCUCCUCCAUUACCUUUAAAUCUUAGUGGAAAUUCAAAAUCAUCAUCAAUUCCAGCUCCUCCUCCACCACCACCUAAUUUUCUUAAUGGUUCUUCUUCAGGUCCACCAGGUGCACCACCUCCGCCACCACUACCAAACGGUCAAGUCAAUAAAUACAGAGAAGCAAAAGUUUUAUCACCCGUCCUAGAUUCUUCAAAUUUUGAUAAUCAUUUACCAAGACCAAAGAAAAAAUUAAAACAAAUUCAUUGGGAAAAGAUUGAUUAUGAAGAAGUUGAAAAUUCAUUUUGGAAACAACCUUCAACAAAUACCAUAGCUAAUGAACUAAUGUCAAAGGGAAUAUUUGAUGAAAUUGAAGUUAUAUUUGCUGCAAAAGAAAUUAAAAAAUUAGCAACUAAAAAGAAAUCUGAUAUUGAUAAAGUAUCAUUUUUAAGUAGAGAUAUUGCUCAACAAUUUAGUAUUAAUUUACAUUUUUUUAGUUCAUUAACUGAUGAAGAAUUAAUUACAAAAGUUUUAAGAUGUGAUAAAGAUUAUUUACAAAAUCAUGCAGUAUUAGAAUUUUUUGGUAAAGAUGAAAUUACAGAAAUUACAAAUUCUGCAAUUAGAAAUUUUGAACCAUAUUCAACUGAUUAUAAAACUGAUGAAAAUAGUAAACCUGAUAAAGAUCCUUCUGAAUUACAAAGACCUGAUAGAAUUUAUUUGGAAUUAAUGUAUAAUUUACAACAUUAUUGGAAAUCAAGAAAUAGAGCAUUAAUGGUUAUAUCUAAUUAUGAAAAAGAUUAUGAUGAUUUAGUACGUAAAUUAAGAGCUAUUGAUGAUUCAGUUGAUAGUAUAAAGAAUUCACAACAUUUAAAAGGAGUUUUUGAAAUCAUUUUAACUGUUGGAAAUUAUAUGAAUGAUUCAACAAAACAAGCAAAAGGUUUUAAAUUAAAUUCAUUACAAAGAUUAAGUUUUAUGAAAGAUGAAAAAAAUAGUAUGACUUUUUUACAUUAUGUUGAAAAAGUUAUAAGAACUCAAUAUCCUGAAUUUUUAAAAUUCUUAGAUGAAUUAUCAAAAUGUAAUGAAAUUUCAAAAUAUUCAAUUGAAAAUAUUUAUAAUGAUUGUAAAGAUUAUGUUCAAAGUAUUAAAAAUGUACAAAGUUCAGUUGAUGUUGGUAAUUUAUCAGAUAUUUCUAAAUUUCAUCCAUCAGAUCGUGUGUUAAAAGUAUUAUUACCAUCAUUACCAAAAGCUAAUAGAAAAGCAGGACUUUUAUUAGAUCAAGCAGAAUAUACUAUAAAACAAUUUGAAAAUUUAAUGAUUUAUUUUGGUGAAGAUCCUCAAGAUCAAUUUGUUAAAAAUUCUUUUAUAAGUAAAUUUACAAAUUUCAUGAAAGAUUUUAAAAGAGUUCAACAAGAAAAUUUAAAACGUGAAGAAGAAAUAAGAGUUUAUGAACAAAGAAAAAAAUUAUUGGAAGCUAGUAAAACAACAACUCCAACUAAAAAUCAAUCAAAAGAAUCUAUUGAUAAUGAUGAUGAAAAUGAAGGUGUUAUGGAUUCAUUAUUAGAAAAAUUAAAAGCUGCUGGACCAGCUAAAGGUGAACCAUCAUCUGCAAGGAAAAAAGCAUUAAUGAGGCGUCAAAUAUUGGAAAAUCAAAGAAAGUUCAACAACAAUAGUAAUAAUAACAUCAAUACUGAAAAUAACUUAGUAAUUCCUCCUCAUCAUGAAUCGUCACCAACUAAAGCUAGAUCCAACGAGGAAUUAAAUUCAAUUCAUGAUGAAAUAGAAGAUUCAACAAUAGAUGAAACUACAAUCUUAGAAACUUCACCAACUGAUUUAGAAAAUCUUGAUUCUAAUAAUAAUGAUGAACCAAAAUUAAAUUUAAGAGCAAGAAAUUUAUUACAAGAAUUACGUGGAGCAAAUGAUGAAAAUUCAGACGAUGAUGAACAUAAUAUUGAAAAUACACAAGAAUCAACCUCAACAUCAACCAAUACUACAUUAACUGCUGCUCAACGAUAUAGACAAGAAAGAUUGAAAAAAAAGACAGGAGGAAUAUCAGUAAAUAAUACUGGUAAUAGUAAUAAUAGUGAUUUGAUUGAAUAA